CGGGAUAGGUCGCGUUGCCGCGGGGCGUGCUGGGAUAUGUAGCAUUGGCUGCGGGCGGGCGCGGGGCACGCCGGGAAGUGUAGUGCGGCCGCGGGGCGUGCUGGGAUACGCCGCAUCGCCAUGGGGCGGGCGCGGGGCAUGCUGGGAUGUGUAGUCCCGUGUAGGCCGUGCUUCACCCAGAGGGCCCAGCCCCCCCCCAGCGCAGGGCUGAGCCCCCCAGGAGGGGCUGAGCGGCACCGCCGCCUUCAGGCCCCGCUUCCCCCCCGCAUCUCAGCCCCCUCCUGGGGAAAUGGGGCCCCCAACCCCAGGGCAGGGGGGGACAGAGGAGGCUGCGGGAUGCGAGUGCCUGGGGAGGGGAAGGAGCCCCCAGCGGGACCCCCAGCCUCGUGGUUGUCACCGUGAGGCCACGUGGGCCGCAGUGCUCUGGGGUCAGGAUGUGCCUCCAAGGGAGGGGACAAGGAAUGGUGGCACGUCUGGGUCAGCUCAGUCCUCAGCUGGGUGCUGGGGUGGGAUGGGGGUCGGGGUCUGAUGCCAUGGGGUCGGGGUCUGAUGGGGGUCGGGGUCUGAUGGGGGUCAGGAUCUGAUGCCACGGGGUCAUGGUGUGCCGUGGGGUCAGGCUGUGACACUGCGCUGUCCCCCACCCCACGCAGCUCCCUGCGCUGCAGCAGGAAGCCGUGGCGUCACGGUGAGGGUGACAGGCAGACCGGGUGCUGUGGGCACAGAGGAGAGGACAGCUCAGGGAUGGGGACCUCAUGGGGACAAAGGAGCCGUGGGGAUGGUGCCUGUGUGGGGAUGUGGAGGUUUGGGGUGCUCAUCCCCCUCCUCGGUGCAGUGGGAGCCCUGCAGGUGAGCCAGGAGCCAGCCAAGCUGCGGGUGGCAGCGGGCACCAACGUGUCCCUGUGGUGCCAGCUGGUGACAACAGAGCCGUGGUCCCUGGCCCGCAUCUCGUGGCUGAAGGACGGGGAUCACGAGGUGCUGUGCACCACCCGCCUGUAUCCCAAAGCCGCUGCCGUGCCCUGCGCCACCCCCCGCCUCCACCUCGCCUGGAGCCCACCCUAUGCCAACCUCAGCCUCCACGGGGCACAGGAGGGCGAUGCAGGAAGCUACGUCUGCUGCUUCGCCAUUGAGAAGCCCUACCUCGCCAUGGCCGCCGGGAAUGGCACGCUGCUCAACGUCAGCACAGGAGCUGAUGGAGUGCACGGGGCAGAGCAGAAAUGGAAGCUGUGGGGGGCUGUGGGGGGCACCCUGCUGCUCGUCGGGCUGAUCUCCUUCGGCUGCUGGCGCUGCAGGAGGAGAACAGACACCUCAGACAUCUACGUGAACGUCACGCUGCGCCGGACCCCGAGAAACAAGAGCCCCCAGGGAGCAGCUGCUGGAGGACAGCGCGUACAAGGGGGGCUGGGCCGAGCGUGGAAGCCCCCCAGCCCUAAGGGGUGACCCCCCCUCGUGCCCCACAGCCCCCGAUAUCGGCAGGGACAGCAUGUGAGCGAUGCGCUCUGCUCUGCUUCACACAGGAAGAGCCCCCGCUGGGUUGCAGCAUCCUGCCGCCUCGCUUCCUGUCUUCUU